CGCUCCCAUGCGGUUGCAAUGCAUCAAUCGUGUGUUGAACAUGAAGGCUUUCAUUGUACUCGCUUUGGCUAUCGCUGCCGUCUGCACGGAAGCAGUGGAACAGGUCCAUCCCAAGGAUCUGCCCAGGUCUGCCAAGAUUGAGGGUCGCAUCACCAAUGGUUACCCCGCAUACGAGGGCAAGGCACCCUAUACCGUUGGCUUGAGCUUCAAUGGCUGGUGGUGCGGUGGUUCCAUCAUUGCUCACGACUGGGUGCUGACAGCUGCUCACUGCACCAACGGUGCCAGUUCUGUGACCAUCUACUAUGGUGCCACCUGGCGCACCAACGCCCAGUUCACCCACACCGUCGGCAGUGGAGAGUUCAGACAGAACCACAACUGGCCCCACAACAACGGUAAUGACAUCGCUCUGAUCCACACUCCUCAUGUCGAUUUCUGGUCAAUGGUCAACAAGGUGGAGCUGCCCAGCUUUAAUGAUCGCUACAACAUGUACGAUGGCUGGUGGGCUGUUGCCUGCGGCUGGGGCAUUACGUCCGAUGGGGGCUCCCAACCCGACUGGCUCCAGUGCGUCGAUCUGCAGAUCAUUAGCAACAACCAGUGCUCCCAGACUUAUGGUCACCAACCCGAUGGCAUUCUGUGCGUCGCCACACCCGGCGGCAAGUCUACCUGCAGCGGUGACUCUGGCGGCCCAUUGGUGCUCCACGACGGUGGCCGUUUGGUGGGCGUUACUUCCUGGGUUGCGGGUAAUGGCUGCACUGCUGGUCUGCCAUCUGGCUUCACUCGUGUCACCCAACAAUUGGACUGGAUCCGUGACAACUCUGGCGUUGCCUACUAUUAAAUUGAUAAAUAGAAAAUAAAAAUAGCAUGAAAGCAA